AUGACCCCAUUACUAUUACAGAUGGCAGGCCACAAUCCCCAGCGGGUGGACCUGGGGAGACGGUUCAACCUCACCAAUUCGGACUACCGACCCGGCAGGUCAACGGUGGCCGACAUCGUCCAGGAGUUGCUGGACGGCGCAGCAUCAAAUUUAUUAAUGGCCAGGCGCUUGGCCGGACGGGCCGCGGGAAUCCCCACGUGGGAGGAACUAAGGACUGGACAGACAAGGAACCACCGCGACCGGCCCAGUACCAGGAGUAUGCAGACCCAGACCACAGGGUCAGAGGAGAUCGGAGGCACCGUGACGUCACGAGGGACGCAGACCGAUCCACCCACAACUCCCGUACCAGGACAUGUGGGGAGGUGGGCCACAUCGGCACCUGCCUCGGAACUGGUGACGCACGAAGCGUAA